CUGCCCGUAACCGCCGGGUUUCUUCACGGGUUCUCCCAAAUAGUUUAGCCGCGCGGGACAGGGACAUGGUGGGCGGCGCCAUGGGCGGAGGGCCGGGGAAGGCGAGGCCUCGUCGGCCGGGAGGGAGGCAACUCUACCUUGAGGAGGCACGGAGGAGGCCCAGGAACGGCGAGGCUGUUGUGGGCUGAACCCCGAGGUUUUCUCUCACGCCACGCUUCUUUCUCCCCGCCUCGCUAAGCGGCCUCCUUUCCCUGGUUCGCUUGGUCCUCCCCGCCCUCCCCGCUUUGCUUCCUGGCAGUUUCAACCGAAAAGCCACUCGUCUUGCUUCCCUUUCUUUCCCCGGUUUCCUUUCCUUCGUCUUUCUUGCGCAAAGGCAGUUUCUUACUCAGCUAUUCACUCGACAGUCAUUUGGCUUCGAGCACCACAUUUUUACUUUUCAUUCUCCCGUCCCCCGUCAUCGGUAUACGCUUCUUACCCACCCCGCCCUCCUUCCUCGCUUCCCAGAAUUAUUACUAUUUUUAAAAAGCUGUUUUUCACACAAUGUCCAAACUCAGUGGGGGUUUUUUCUUUCGGUUUUUUUGUAUUGUUGUUUUCAAUGGCUACAAUCGAGGCGUUUAUUCGAGUCCUUGAAAGAUCCGCCGGGUAGAGAACGACGUCGAGUUUUGCUUCGCUUCGUCCUUCGCAACUUCGCAUUCCUGGUAACUCCGAAGCGGCUUUAAUGCUGCUGUCGGCUGCCGCUUGCAAGCGCUGGGUUCCUGGACCCUCAAACUAAGGACGUAAAUUCUCUUUAAGGGCUUUUGGACAGUAGUAGCUGAAGCAUUUCUGACUCCUGAACAACAGCAACUAAAGGACACCUUCCACCACCACGAUCCAUUUUAAUGUAGGCAAGUCCGAGAGAGAGAGAGAGAGACAGAGAGACAGACAGACAGACAGACAGACAGAGACGCUGGGAGAAGGAGAAAGAAAGCGAAAGGGGUGGAUCUGUAUUCAAUUGUAGGGUAUCAGAGUUUUAGGGGGCAAAUCAGGAGGGGUAUCAGAGUUUUUUUAGGGGUUAAUUAUGUAUAGGCGGGAUGGGUAGCAAGUCGAUCUGCAUCAUAGCUGCCAAGUUUUCCGUUUUUUACAGGGAUUUUCCCUUAUGCUGAAUAGGCUUCCUCGCGAGAAAAGCGAAAACUUGGCAGCUAUGACCUGCAUUUUUGGAUAGUAGGGUGAUGGUUGUUGUAAGUUUGAUGUUUAUUUUCAAUUUUGUUGUUCUGAAUGGGACAAUGACAAUAAAGACUAUUGUAUUGUAUCAUAUCCUAUCGAGUGUGUGUGGGGUGGGUGGGGAAGAGAGAGAGGUGCUUCUCAGCAACACCAGCUCUCCAGUCGCAGCCCUGAUGUCUGUGAAAGGAAUGGGGACAGGCUCCGGUGGGGAAACUGAGGCUGGGGAGGGGCUGGUUGGCUAAGCAGCAAGGAAGGGGAGGCGCGAUUCUUAGGAGAAACAGGGUGCAGGCAAAGUUCCCCCACGUGCCUAUGGCUCCCCAUCAAAUCUGGAGCCCCCAUUCCUUAGUUUCAUGGUCCCUCCGUCCCUCCCGAGCCCCGGACCAAACAUGUAUCUUGCCAACUCAUGGAUGCAUCACAAUAGCAUGUUUCCAUCACCGAGGAUUCUGCAACCAGAGACGGCACUGAUGUUUGGUGGGAUGUUUUGUUACCAGAUUCAGGGUAUCCUUUAUUAUUAAAAGAGAUCAUUGCAUAAUUAUCAGGAAGCCUAAGCUUUGGCACACACACUGCUGUUUUUCGCCUCGCCUUUUCUACCCUGGCUCCCAUGUUACUUUGGCUGUACACCAUAUACUCAGCUUUGCUCAGCCCUGUCAGUAGAUAUUUUUUCUAUUGGACGCAAGGAUUUCACAUUUUGAGGAAAGUGAGGAGAAGGAAGAGGGAGAAUGCAGGAGAGGCAGCACGAGAGGCUGCAAUUUUACACCUGAUUACCUGCUUACUUGGGAGUAAGGGGACCCAGGUGGCGCUGUGGUUAAACCACUGAGCCUAGGGCUUGCUGAUCAGAAGGUCGGCGGUUCGAAUCCCUGUGACGGGGUGAGCUCCCGUUGCAGUUCGAAAGCACGUCAAAAUGCAAGUAGAUAAAUAGGAACCGCUACAGCGGGAAGGUAAAUGGCGUUUCCAUGUGCUGCUCUGGUUUGCCAGAAGUGGCUUUGUCAUGCUGGCCACAUGACCUGGAAGCUGUACGCCGGCUCCCUCGGCCAAUAAUGCGAGAUGAGCGCGCAACCCCAGAGUCGGUCACGACUGGACCUAAUGGUCAGGGGUCCCUUUACCUUUACCUUUACUUGGGAGUAAAGGGAGUAAAGCCCCGUUGAGCACAGCGGGGCUUACUUCUGAGUAGACAUGCUUGACAUUGCACUGUCAGUUUAUUAACAUUACACUAGAAGAAGAAGAUGUCAAUUAAUAGAGUACUUUCCAUCCUUUUAAGUACAGCAUCUUAAACAAUGUAAGAUCAAUGGCGCAUAGACAGGUUUGGGGAAACGUAAGACCAGCCUAUAGGGCAAAAUCCUAGGGGAAACAUAACAAAAUAAAGAUUCUAAGUUAAUCACGUUCACACAAUUAAUGUCAUAUCUAGCUUGACCCAAUUUUUGUUUCUUUUUUUAUCAUUGAUACACUACAUUCUUUCUCAAAAGGUUUACUCAAGGUGGCUUCCAUCCUUCAACAAAUGCUAAACAUCCCUACAGAAACGUGAUAUAUGUAUAGCUCAGGUAGAACACGAUUUCCGGUCCCUUUAAAACAAAGCCUUCAACAGGUAGGAUCUGUCUAUAAUAGUAGUGCCUAGACCCACUGUGGGAGAGAGAGUUAUAGCUCCUACUUCUAGAAUUAUAGUAUUGUAGAGUUGGAAGGGACACUGUUGAGGAUCAUCUAGUCCAACCCUCUGCAAUGCAGGAAUAUGCAGCUGUCCCAACCUUUUUUACAUUUCUUGUCAGCCCUCAUUUGUCCUCCUCCUCCUAUGUAAAUUUACAUAUAUCUCCCCCCCCCUUUCACACUCAGGUUGCCUCGGAUGCUAGUCCUACUCAGAGUAGACUCACUGAAAUGAAUUAAAAAUCCAAACAUUAAUUUCAAAGGGUCUGACCUAAGUAGGAUUUAGCUGGAUGUAGCCUGUUAUUAUGACCAAAGUAUCUUACCCAAAAAAGAUCUGCACAAACCAGUUUAUCUGAGUGCAUUAUUCUCAGGGUGGGGAAACUCAUUUAUUUAUAAUUGCUUAAUCAUAUGGGACUAAACUGCAUUAUGUUGUAAGGGCUUUUUAUUAAAUCUUAGAAUUGUAAAGUUGGAAGGGACCCAAGGGUUAUCUAGUCCAACCCACAGUGCCUAUUUUAAACUAUAAUGUUAUCUGCAAACUGGAACUGUGUCGCUUGUAGUCUGAGAGUCAGAAAGAAGUGUGUCGCACUAUGUGGGUGGCAUUCUUUCUCAAGAACUACAAGUUUCAUAGUAGAUCCUACUAACAUUGUCUAACAUAGGUAGGAGGGGCCAGUGGGAUGUGGCAGCUAAAUAGCAACAGGUGAGGGGACAACCAUUAUAACCGCUAAGAUCCCAGGGACUGUGGGAACCAGUGCUGCUGAUAAUGAGAUAGAUCUAUUUUCAGGAGUUCUAAAUGAGUUAAAUCUAAUUUCAGGAGUUCUAAAUGAGUUAGAUCUAUUUUCAGGAGUGUGUAGAAGAAUAAGCACAUAUUCUUGGGGACAGGAGAGCAUCUGAUGAGCGCUUGUUAGUUUUUUUAAAUAAUUGCUAUAUAUACAUGCAUUACUGUUGAAAAACUACCCAUGAGCACUGUGGGCAGGGGGAGCCCAAAAUGCAACAUAACUCCAAUGGUGGCAAUACUGCUUUGUGGUUUGCAGGUUUUUCUAAAUUGUUUGACCUAAAAAAAUUGGUAGUCCAUUUCAAAAGCUUUGUGCUAUUGCAAUAACAUUGUCAAAAGCAAAGAGUCAAAAGUUCAGAUCUGGAACCUAUUUUCAGGCUUCAACUCUGAAAUGUGUGAGGUAAUAGUAAAAUGAUGAUUUCUGGUUCCUUUGGAAAUUUAGCUGAGGGAAGAUAUGUAAAACAAUUUUAUUUUCAUUAUAAACUAUACUGACUUUGUUGGAGAAAAAAAAAUCUUAAUUUUGUUACAGUGUUUCCUGCCUAUGCACAAUGAUUCUAAAUAAAAUCUUAUAUACUAUGCUUGGGAUCUUAACCAUACAUUGCAGCUUCUGUUUAGUGGAUGGAGAUGCUGUGGCUCACAUCUUUCCUUCAUCCCCUUUAAUUGAAAGUGGUUCUACCUUGAAAGUUUUUUGUAGACUGGGAAAAAAACUCUUUCCUUAUAAAAAUGCAAGUCAUAUCAUCUGGACACUGAAUGAUGUUGUGAUUGCAGAAGAAAACUACCAAAUUAUCAAUGAUUCUGUCUCUGGAGUAGUUAUUCAUAAUUUCACUUAUGGAAGAGCUCACGUUAAAUGUUUUGUUGAUUCUCCGGUUGAAAAGCAACACCUGGCUCACUCUGAAGUUAGAUCAGGGUUUCCUCCAAGGGCUCCUGAAAUUAUUUUCUGUGUCUUUUAUUACAAAAGUGGCUCAGCUCUUAAUUGCACAUGGACAUAUGAAAGGAACACUGAAACAGUCUAUACUCUCACUAAACAGAUGUUAGAACCAAAUGAGGAAGAAAACUGCUCAACGAAAGGAGUUUCAACAUUAGUAGGCGAUGAGAUACCAAGCUGCUCAACCAAAAGUGCUUCAUGUACAUUAUUCAAUCAACCACUUUCUGCUCGGGAAUAUCGUGUCCAGGUGACGGCAAGAAAUAGCUUGGGGGAAGCAACAUCUCAGCCUGUUUGCAUAAUUUCUACAAAAAUUAUGAAGACUGAUCCCCCUCAGAUAACUGAAAUAGAAACAGUUCCAGGGAUGAAGCAAAUGCUAAGAGUUCAUUGGAAAAAACCUCGGUAUAUGCCUGUAAGUGCCGAGAACAAUACAAGGUGCCAAAUUCGACACAAAUCCAUAAUGGGAAAUGGCACGAAAGAUUACUUCAUGGAGGAAGACAGAGCAACAAUUGAUCUCACUAAUCUGUGGGAUUGUACAAACUAUACUGUUGACAUUCGGUGCGCUCAUAAUGACUCGAAGUUUUGGAGUGAGUGGAGUGCAGAAAAAAUGGGAACAACUGAAGAACAAGCUCCCUUGAAAGUAGACUUGUGGCGAGUACUUGAGUUGCAUCAGCCCACUGGAAGAAGAACUGUGCACCUUUUGUGGAAGAAACAUGAAGAAUUCCCAUCUUCUGGAAGAAUAGAUAGCUACAGAAUAAAGUAUUUUACAAAAAGCAAGCCUCCUUUUGAAAAAACUGUCAACGCUAAAAAUAAUUCCAGUUAUUUCGGACUGACAGGGGAAGCCUAUGCGAUCAGUGUUGUUGCUCAUAAUAUAGCUGGAGAUUCUCCUGAGGCUGUUUUGAAAAUUCCAUCAAUACAUGAAGAAAGCAUGAAUCUCCAAAGGAUUCUUAGCUUGAAUACUUCUGCUUUAAAGGAACACUUGUUUUUGGAAUGGGAAACUUCAGAGUUAGAAAUAAAUGAAUACAUUAUAGAAUGGUAUAAUGAAUUGGAGACAGAUCCAUACAACAGAUCUUGGGAAUACAUAACAAAUGUAACAAACUGGACAUUUCCAAAAGGAACCUUCAAUCCUUAUAUAUGUUACAACAUUUCAGUGUAUCCCUUACAUAAAGGUGAAGUAAAAGUGCCGAGUUCCACCAGAACCUAUUUUCAAGAAGGAAGCCCAAUCCGAGGUCCUACUGCUGUGGUGAAAUAUUUUGAUAAAAAUGAAGCUGCCAUAACGUGGGAGGAAAUUAAAAAAGCAGACAGACAUGGUGAUAUUAUUAACUACACUAUAUUUUACAAAGCUGAUGGUGGAAAAGAAUUGGGAGAAACAGUGAGUGCUGAUGUGCUAGAAUACCACCUUAAAUCCUUGCAAGCUAACACCAAGUACACAGCUCAUGUUAUGGCAAGCACCAUGGCUGGAGGAACCAAUGGAACAGAGAUAGAUUUCAUCACCCAUAAACUUAGUGAGACAGAUAUUCUUCUGUUUGUCAUUGUUGGAUUUUUCAUGCUAUGCUUAACAAGUGUUGGGUUAUUGUGGGCUCUGAAAAGACGCACGUUGAAAAAGAUUUGUUGGCCUGAAAUCCCACAUCCGGUGCUACCAAGUUUCCCCAGUGGAUUUCAGGAGAAGACAAUGUUGAGAAAUUCACCCUCUGAGAAUGAGACACUCAGUGUUUUGAGGGUAGAUCCUUGUGGAAAGGAUCAUGAUGAAUCACACUUGCUGACCCUUGAAACCUGGUUGAACCAGACUGAUGUUACCUCAAACUUCUUGAUGGCCAACCAUGAGAUUUUGUGCAGUGAGGAACAUGAAGCUAUAGCACCUCUUGCACAAUCAACCUCUCUGGGGCAUGAUUUCAGGAAUUCACCAUCAAUUCCAGCUCCAAAAGUGGAUUCUAGAGAUUAUGGAGAUGGUGAAGUUCAAGAUCAGCCAGAGUUGAAGGAGAAAACUGAGUUCAACCUAUAUUUGAAAAACUCUGUCCAUACAAGAGAGUUCUUAGGCCAAAAUACAGAAGGAACAAAAGCCCAGCCAGUUUUUGUGACAGGACAGUGUUAUGUGGCACUGAAUGCAGUUAAACGGUUCUCAAAGCGUUAAUAUAUUGUCCCUGUUCAGAGUAAUUUAAUGGAGCAUGAGACUCUUAAUCUCAGGGUCAAGGGUUUGAGUCCCACAUUGGGCAUUGCAGGGGGUUGGACUAGAUAACCCUCAUUGUCUUUUCCAGUUCUACAGUUCUGUGAUUCAAUGAAAGAAACAUGCUGCUACUGCCUGAGUCAAGGAGAGUGUUGCAGACUUGGUUUAGCUGUGACCAUUAUUCAGGACAUGAAGUUCUCUGUCCUAUUUUCAAUUGGCAUCAGGCAUUUGAUGGCUCACCAUGGUCCACUGUUCAUUAGCAAAAACAAAGUAGUGUAAUUCAUAUGGAGGCACUAUAUUUCUCCCCAACACCCUCUACCCAAAUAUAGAAUGAUCAGAGAUGGAGGGGGUGGCGAUCUCUCUGCAUCCCAAACCUCUGUGGCCAUCAGAAUGUGGGGGGGAAGUCAGCUGGGGAGCUUUGACACCAGAGGAUUGAAAACAUAUUUUUAAAAAAGGCUCACAAUCAUCAAAUGCCAGAGCACCUUUUUAAAACCCUCUAAUUAUUUUAGUCCUAAUAUUUCAUGCCUACCUGGUAAGCAUGUGAGCAUAGCUGCAUAGGCAGGAAGACAGAAUCAAAGCAUGUAGUUGAAAAGUUAAAUGGAAUUUCCUUCAAAGGAAACAAUAAUAAACAUGGGGCUAUAUCCCACAAGUUCAUACUCAGCAUAGAUCUACUGAGGUCAAAAGACUUACGUUUCAGUGGGUCUCCUCUGGGUAUGACUUUAAAAUACCAUGGGUUUUGUAUACAACCAAGUAAAAAAUAACAUAACUAAAAAGAAAAGUAAAAGCAUUAAGGACAAAGUUCCUUAGGCAAAAAUCCUAUUCAAAUGACUGAUAUGGUACCUUAUUUGGAUAGAUACCAAAGCGUACAUAGUACAAAUAUUCCAUUGUUUCAAUCCACCUUACUGUGGAGUCAUAUUUGCAUAUAGGUAAAUGAAAAAAACCAAUGCAUUCCACUCCCAUUUCACAUUGGCUGUUUGAGUCUCAUGUAUCUUCUCAUAUGGGAAGACUUGUCAGGUUUGGCAAAAAAUGUUUUAUAGCCAAACAAUUUGAAAACUAGCCAAGUUGUGGUUUCAGCCUUUCCUGUAGGUAGAGGAAUCAUGACAGCAAUCCACCUUCAUUCAGCUUACUUGUCCAUUUGCAGCUACCGGUAUUUGGCAUUAUCUGUUGCUAAACCACCAGUUCAAUAUAUUUAAGGCAUAUUGCUGAAUGUGAAAGCAUAUUAGUUUUUCCAGAAAGAAAAAGGACAACAGAGAGAAGAAGCUUCCAAAGUAAAAAUGAGAAGUAUGAUAGCUAUUUCUCCAUCCAUUAUGCUGCUCUAUUUCUAGUCGCCCCAGCCAAACCCUCUGUGGAAAUACAGGGCCCAUGCAUACCAGUUAUAGCAGGCAUCCCAAAGUUCGGCCCUCCAGAUGUUUUGGACUACAGUUCCCAGGCCCGGCUCUAGGGGUAGUCUUGGUGGCGCGGGGCGCCAGGGCACCGGGCCGGCAGGAGGGUGCUGCGCGUCGAAGCCGCGCAGAAGCCGUGCUGCGCCCACCAGGGUGGGGGCGCCAGAGCGAUCUCCGCGCCAGGGCACCCAACCAGCUUGAGACGGCCCUGACAGUUCCCAUCUUCCCUGACUACUGGUCCUGUUAGCUAGGGAUCAUGGGAGAUGUAGGCCAAAACAUCUGGAGGGCCGCAGUUUGGGGAUGCCUGAGUUAUAGUAUGUAGUAGACCAGGAUUUAGGAACUUGUAGCCUUCUGUAUGUUGCUAGAAUCUAACUCUCUUCAGCCCCCAACGGCGUGGCCAGAGGUCACCAGCAUCUUCAGCACCAUAGGUUCUCUCACUUCUGUUGAAGACAAUAUGAGCGCCGGGCCAAGUUCUGUAUCAUUUUUUGUAUUUUGCAGACUGCCUAGCAUACUGUUGGUGGUAGGUGUUCCUAAUACAGCAGCAAGGUGCAAGUAGAUGUUGUGUGGGUGAAAGGAGACAGCAUCACAAAUAAACUCCAUAGAUUAUAAUCCCCCACAAUUGCUCUUAGUUGUCCAAACAGAUGCUGAAAUGAGAGGCAAAGGAUGAGACUUGGAAUCUGUUCCAUCACAUUCCCAAAAUAGGUAAUCACACAACUACCAAAGCUGACCACACCAGCCACUUUUAGAGGUUAAGCACAAGGCAUGCAAUCAACUGCGGUGAUGGCUGGGUCCUAGGGAAACAAAAAAGCCUUUUUUACCCAUCUAUGCCCUAGCCAGAUGAUCUACAUGCCCUUUCUAGAUGGCAGCCCUUUGUCGGUAUUCCUAUAUGGUAGAAGUGCUUCUUUUGCCACAAAUGUGCCUAUUCAGAUAUUGUAUCUAGACAGGUUGUUGUGUGGGACCUGCCCCAACUGCUCAACGCAGGAAGGUCUGAAUGGGGAUUGUAAGCCUGUUAAACUGCAGUCUGAACUCCUGAUCAGGGGAAGGGCUUUCAUUGCAUUCAGCCUAAUGCAAGCCCCUUUUAAAUUGUGUGAAAGUCAGAUGUGGAACUGGCAUGGUCAGUCUCUCUGCUCAAUUAAUGAAUGCCUGACUAGUGCUUCAAUGGCUUAAGACCCCAGUUUCCAUAUGUCAAUGGAAACAUUAGUGAUGUACACUACAGAUUUAUUGUGAGGACAAACAUUGUAUAUAUAAAAAUGCUGCAUAAAUUGCUUAUAUACAAAACAUUGAUACAAGAUACAUGAACAAGAUCAAAUUUGUAAAUAUUGUUGUGAGACUUCUCAUUUAAUGUACCAUCCUACUCUGAGCUGCUGGGAAAAAAAUGCCAUUAAAGCAUUAAAUAGUCUGCUAAAUUCUCGAUGGCUUUGUUAUGAAGUUGCAAGUGACGGGAGAGCAUAUGUUUCAGCCCUGAGUAACAAGUGAGACUGGAGUGGAGUGAACAGGAGUGGAGUUUAAUCUUUCAAGGACAUCGCGACUAGUUCAGGCAACCACUGGUAAUAGAAAAAUGCCAGUUUUUCAUAUUAACCUCACUUUUGCCUGAUAACUCCCAUAGGGUUUGCCUAUCCCCAACUCUUGUUAUUGUUAGUGUCUGGGCAGUUGCUGACUUUGCAGCUCUAUUCUGAAGCAAGAUAAUACUGUAUAACAUUAGGACAUAGACUAGUCAUUGCUAGAUUUUUUUUAAAGCAACAUUAGAGGUUCUACUCAUACCAUGCAUUUAAGACAUUCUUACGCCACCUGAAGUGUCAUGGGUUCCCCCAAAGAAACAUGGGAGCUGUCAUUUGCCCUUCAGACUUCUUAGUUCCCAAGAAUCUUUGAGAAGCCAUGACUAUUCAGUGUAUGGUGUGGAUGUGACAAAUUUCUACGGAUGUUCCUUUUUGUUACCAAAUAAACAAAUGGUUCUAGGCCAUCAUUUUUGUACUUCUGUGACAUGGGCAUAAUGGUGUAUUGCACUAAAAAUACGCAAGUCCUAUGUGACAUCUUCAAGAUUUAAUGUUGUGUGCAAUGCCUGUGCUUUAGAUUCUAACUCAGCUGUAGCACAGACCACCUCGGUGAAGCCCACUGCAUCCUUGUUCUCUCCAGUGUAUCAAUGCUUUGAAUGUCAGCCUGCUUUAAUGCAUCAAACAGGUGAGACUUUUCCAAAAUAUUUAUCUUCCAGCACAGCAGUAUAUAUGGACCUACAGUUUUGUAGCCACUGCACUAAUGAAAAUAAUGUAACAAACACAAAGCAAAACGCUGCUGGGAAAUACCGAGAAACAAAAAGACAACUUUAAUUAUGACUUCAUGGUCUUAUGCAGCUAGAAAUACAUGUACAACAUAUGGUACUCCAAAGACACUGAAGGCUACACAAAUAAAUAUGCUAACAAUAGUUUGCACAACACUGCAAGGAUGACAAACAUGCACCUAUAUAGAGAUGAGAAUGGGUAUCAGAUGUUCUUAUACAAGGGAUGGCCAAGGGCUUGUUUAUGCUAGCAGCUGACUACAUGUCAGUGCUU